AUGGGUAAUGUAGCUGAGCCAGAGCUACUAGAAGGUGGAGUUAGAUACACGGCAUUCCAAGAAGAUAACUAUUCAACUGGAUACGAAGCAGAAGAGCUUGGAACCACAAGUAAUGGAGAUGCUUUUGGUAUCAGUACUGGGGGUGGUGUACAGAACCAAAAAGCCAACAAGAAAGGAGAAAGGAGAGAUGCAGAUGGAGAAGCGGAAGUGGGAGGGAAAGGAAAACCAAAAGGACAAGGGAAGAAGGGUGGUAGUAAAUAUAAGGGAUCGAGACAAAGAGGUGAUAGACGGAAGCAAGUACAAGAUCAACUUUCACGACUCAACGUUACUUUCGCGGAUAGGCAAGCUGCCUUGGACCAGAUUAGUGAAUUUUAUGAAUCGCUAUUGCAACCGAUUCGUGAAUUGUACGUUGAGCACAACAACACACGCAAAAAGAAGAACAAUGGAUCAUCCCUGGUCGACACGAUAAUGCACAACUACCACAACCGAAAUCAAACUUAUAUAAAAACCAAUCCUCGUUUAACUGAUCGAAACGCUCGUUGUCAAUUCCAUAAUCAAAUACGUCGUGUCCUCAACCAAAGGGCAAUAUUAUUCAGUAUCGAUAUCGAAGCGUGGGAAAUCAAUAAUCAAACAGUUACCGAGAUUGGUAUCGCCAUUCAUGACCCAAGGCGUAAUGGUGUCUACACCAUAGUGCCUCAGUUUACCAAGUUGCAUAUCCGAGUAUUGGAAAAUAUGCACCGUAGUAAUGGAAAAUAUGUUCCCGAUCAUGCAUUCAAUUUCGUUGGCGAACCAACGUUGAUAUUGAGUAUGCGAGAUUCUGUUAUUUUGAUUCAGUCGUUGUUUGAUUACUUUUUCAAAGUGCCCGGUACUAGUAGUGAUUCUGGCAGUGGGGUUUGCAGCGGUGAUGAUCAUUUAGAAACAUUUUUGGUGGGGCAUGGACUUUCUGGUGAUAUAAAAUGGCUAUCCUCUAUUGGAAUUGAGUUUCCUCCAAAAUAUGCUACUUUGGACACAUUGCAAAUUCUUAAAAUCACUCAUGGUAAUCAUCAACUAAGUCUAGCUAAGGCAUUGAUGAAGCUUGAUCUACCUCAUGCAUUUCUACACAAUGCUGGUAAUGAUGCAUACUAUACUCUACUACUUUGUUUGAAAUUGCUCGAUCCUGGUGUAAGAACAUUGUACAAGUUGGAUUUAUGUCUUGAUGAGCAAGCAAUGAUGAGUGAAGAAGAACGACAAUUGGCUAAAGAGGAGAAACAAAGAAAAAAGCAAGAGAGGAAGGAGUUGCGUGAAGUGAAGAAAUUGCAACAGCAAUUGGGAUUGGUUGAACUGAGUGAUGAUAAAAAGGAUACUGGCAGUGCUGACAAGAAGCAGAAGAAACUGAGAAAAAAGCAAGUUCAGGAUUAUAAUGUUGCUCCCAGUGUGCAAUGUACUGUAUCUGAUGCUGUAUUGUAUUUGUUUGGUGGUAAGCCACUACCUAGUGACCAUGUGGGUGAAGAAGAAAAUGCUGAGGAGGUGGAGGUGGAGGUGGAGGCAAGAGCAUUAGCAGCAACUUAUGUGUAA